AUGGGUAAUGGGUAUCCAUACCCGCAAAAUAUAUGGAAGGAGGUUGUACCCGCCUAUACCCUACCCAUUGCCAUCCCUAGCAGCCUCCACCACGUCGCCAGCGUCCUUCCACACCGCAGGAUGGACAUGUCUCGCCGGCACGGGCCGCUGAUGCACCUCCAGCUCGGCGAGGUCCCCACCAUGGUGGUCUCUAGCGCCGAGGCGGCGGCUCUGGUGAUGAAGACCAACGACCUCUCCUUCGCGGGCCGGCCGCGCACCGUGACGACGGAUAUUUUCGGCUGUGCCGGCAAGGACAUCGGCUUUGCCCCCUACGGGGACCACUGGCGACAGAUGCGCAAGGUCUGCAUAGUGGAGCUCCUUAGCUCCAAGCAGGUGAAGCGCAUGGAGGGCAUCAGGGCCGAGGAGGUGGGCAACCUCAUGCGUUCCAUCGCCGCCGCCGCCUCGACCGGCGCCACCAUUAACCUCAGCCAGAAGGUGGCGGCGCUCAGCAACGACGUCGUGACGAGGGCGGUUUUCGGCGGUAAGUUUGCACAGCAGGGUGAGUACCUCCGCGAGUUGGGUGAGGCGUUCAGGCUGAUGAGCGGCUUCUGUCCGGUCGACCUUUUCCCAUCGUCACGGUUGGUAAGGUGGCUGAGCAAUGGAGAGCGCGACGCCAAGAGAAGCCACGGCCGCAUCGAGCGCAUCAUCAUCGAUGUCAUGGAGGGGCGCAAGGCCGAGCGAGCUGCCAGUGUUGGCACCGACGGUGAGGACCUGCUGGACGUGCUGCUCAGGCUGCAGCAGCAGGAUUCGUUGGAAUUCCCUCUAACCACCGACAUCAUUGGCGCCGUUCUAUUUGACAUAUUUGCAGGUGCCACGGAGAACACGGCAACCGUCUUGGCGUGGGCUAUGUGGGAGCUAGUGCGCAGUCCUGAAACCAUGGCCAAGGCACAGCAAGAAGUCCGGGAUGUUCUUGUUGAAGACCUUGCUGUCUUUACUGAUAGAGACCUCACUAAACUCCAAUACAUGCAGAUGAUCAUCAAUGAAACCUUCAGGUUACAUCCGCCUGCUGCUCUAGUUCCCCGCAUGUGCAGAGAGGAUUGUACUAUCAUGGGUUAUGACAUCCCAAAAGGCACCAACGUAUUCAUUAAUGUCUUCGCAAUUGCUCAAGAUCCUGCAUGUUGGGACAAUCCUGGAGAGUUUAAGCCAGAUAGGUUCGAGAACAACGUGAAUUACAAUGGAACAUAUUUUGAAUUCAUUCCCUUCGGGGCUGGGCGACGGCAAUGCCCGGGGAUUCAGUUUAGCUCGUCACUGAUGGAGAUGGCCUUGACAAACUUUCUAUACCACUUCAAUUGGAAGCUUCCGGAUGGGGCUAGCCUCACUUCAUUUGACAUGUCCGAGAAAUUUGGGCUUGCGAUAAGCAGGAAGUAUGACCAGAAGCUCAGAGCGACUCCACACGACAUAUUUGCAGGUGGUACGGAGACCACAGCAAACAUUUUGUCAUGGGCCAUGUCAGAGCUUAUGCACAGUCCUAACACCAUGGCUAAAGCACAACAGGAAGUACGUGAGGCAUUGGGUAAAGACCGAGCUAUCAUUACUAAUAGCGACCAUGUUGAACUCCACUAUGUGUGGAUGGUCAUCAUGGAGGUCCUUAGGUUGCAUCCGCCUGGUCCUCUAGUGCCCCGCAUGGCGAGAGAGGAAUGUACAGUUAUGGGUUAUGAUAUCCCUAAAGGCACCAGUGUAUACAUCAAUGUUUUCGCAAUUUCUCGGGAUCCUAGAUAUUGGAACAAUCCUGAAGAGUUUAGGCCGGAGAGCUCAUCACUCAUUGAGAUGGCAUUAACAAACCUUUUGUAUCACUUCGAUUGGAUGCUUCCCAGUGGCAUUGACCUCGCUUCGUUUGACAUGUCUGAGAAAUUUGGUCUUGCCGUAAGCAAAAGGUAUGACCUACAACUCAGAGCCAUUCCACACGUUUGGUCCAAAUCUAUGUCGUCGAAGUGA